AUGCAGAGAUUCACUUCCAGGUUCCAGCCUCGAUGCGCAAUUCGGCUUUCGAGAAGCAUUGGCGUGCGUAUGCCCGGUCGCAGAGAGAUCACCGCGGUCAUCGCAGCGUCCGAUGGUAGUCGACGUCGUUUUCUCGGAGACGGGGGUAAAGCUGGACCCAGCUAUGCGAUAAGCGGCGAUUUGUACGCGAGAAAGAUCCACUCGAUAAGGCGAGCGAGCGCGAGGACAUACCGGUCGCAGGAGAAGCAGAGGACGAGUGGAGAGCCGAGUGCCAUACUAUACCCCAGACUGCCAGCCCCCAUCCUCCUUCCACCUUACUCUCGUCCACCACCGCCGUUCUCGCGUUCCCCUCUGUCUACUAUGGCGUCCUCGUACUCCCUCUUCUGCAUGGGCAACCCCCUCCUCGACAUUCAGGUCAAUAACGGCGAGGAGGUCCUCAAGAAGUACGACCUCAAGGCCAACGACGCCAUCCUCGCCGAGGAAAAGCAUUUGUCCAUAUAUGAGGAACUGCCCCAGAAGUACAAGGUCACCUACGUCGCGGGCGGCGCUGCACAAAACGCAGCGAGGGGGGCUGCGUACGUGCUCCCACCACACUCCGUGGUUUACACGGGGUGCGUCGGCGAUGACAGCCUCGCCGAGCAGCUCAAGGCUGCGAACAAGCGCGAGGGGCUCGACCAGGUCUACCUCGUCAAGAAGGGCGAGAAGACCGGCGCGUGCGCCGUCAUCAUCACCGGGCACCAUCGAUCCCUGGUCACCACGCUGCGCGUGGCGGAGAAGUUCGAAAAAGCGCACCUCGCGUCGCCCGAAGUCGCGCCGCUCAUCGACGCCGCCAAGGUGUUCUACCUCGAGGGCUUUUUCCUCACCCACGGUGUAGAGUCCGCGCUGGAGCUGAGUAAGAAGGCGUCGGAAGCGUCCAAGGUGUUCGUGCUCAACCUCUCCGCUCCCUUUAUCCCCAAAUUCUUCGCCGUGCAACUGCAGCAGCUCAUCCCGUACUGCGACGUCAUCAUCGGCAACGAGACCGAGGCAGAGGAAUGGGCUAGCGCGAGCGGGCACGCCGACAAGGACCUGGCGUCGAUCGCCCGCGCGCUCGCGACGCAGCCCAAGGCGAACCCCGCGCGCCCGCGCAUCGUGAUCAUCACGCACGGGUCCAAGUCCACCACGCUCGUCUCCUCCGCGGACCCGGACAACGCGAAGGUGUACGACGUGCACCCUCUCACUGACGCAGAGAUCGUCGACACCAAUGGCGCGGGCGACGCGUUCGCCGGCGGCUUCCUCGGCGCGUUCGUCGCCGGCAAGGACCUCGAGGAAUGCGUCGAGGCCGGACACAAGCUAGGCGCGAUGUGUGUGCAGCAGAUCGGCCCCCAGUUCAAGUGGCCCAAGGUCAACAUCCUGUAA